AGUUCAUUUUUUAUUUAAACUGUAAUCGAAUUUUAAAUAAAGUAAAUAAAUUGUUUUUACAAUCUUUUUUUUAAAAAAGUAAAUUUUUAUAUUAGAAAUUCCUCUUAAAUUUGAGUGCGGUCGUCGAUAUAUUGUGCUAUCAAAUAUGUCAUUACUAGUCAUAAAAGAUGACCACUUUAAUACAGUUACUGUAAAACUAAACAAAUCACCAGUUAACACUCUUAAUCUCGAAUUUUUAGAAGAAAUAAAAGCUCUAAUAAUAAAAUUGAAAAAUGAGGACUGUCGAGGAAUGAUUCUAACAUCGAGUUUGGCGAACAUAUUUUCAGCUGGAUUAGACAUUAAUGAAUUACACAAACCAAAUCCUACUAGGUUAGAAAAAUUUUGGACUACUCUUCAAGACAUAUGGCUAGAACUUUACUUAUCACCUUUUCCAACUGUUGCUGUUAUUAAUGGUCAUAGUCCAGCAGGAGGUUGUUUACUAGCAAUGAGUUGCGAUUAUAGAGUUAUGGUUGAGUCAAAGUUUAAGAUUGGACUAAAUGAAACUCAAAUCGGUAUUGUAGCUCCAAAAUGGUUUCAGGACACUAUGGUUGCUGUAGUUGGUCAACGAAAUGCUGAGGUAGCAUUAACAACGGGUAAGCUAUACAUAGCUAAUGAAGCGUUAAAAAUAGGUUUAGUUGAUGAAAUAGCUUUAGACACUGACAAGGCUAUGGAAAAAGGAAAACAGUUUUUGAAUAAUUUUCAAAAAAUUCCGUCUUGGGCUUAUAAAAAAAGUAAAGAAAUGAUUCGUCAACCAAUUGUUCAAUGGUUAAUCGACAAUAAAAAUCAAGAUCUUGAAUUUUUUAUGGGUUACAUGCAAUCACCAGCUAUCCAAAAGAAUAUUGAUGUUUACUUACAAUCACUAAAAAAAUGAAUCAUUGAAAAAUAAUGGAUCACAAAUGAAUUUUCUGGAAAAAUGACUUUUUAUACAA